AACUGUCAACAGCUGAUGCAGUAAGGCUAUGAAUGUGGUAUACGUUUAUUACAACGUUUAAUGUACUUUAAUUCGGUACCAAAUUGAUCAAAAGAAUAAAAAACAACUCCGCGUAUGAACGUAAAAACAUUACUUAUUUGUUCACAGUUUUUCAAUUAACGAUAUGUGAUGUGACGAAACCGUUUGACAGGAAAAUGUUUCAAUGUUUUCGUCAUUACAUCGUCGAUGUUAGGUACUUUUUAUCAGUGAAACACAUCCAGUGAUCGAAUAACGAUGGCUUCUCGAUUGGAUCGUCUUUUCGUGCUUAUCGAAACUGGUACAUCGCCAGUAACUCGAAAAGCAGCUUCGCAACAGUUGGGAGAAGUUGUGAAGUACCAUUCAUACGAGCUUCAGCCACUUUUAGAUCGCAUUCUCAACUUGUUAUACAGUACAUCUUGGGAUACUAGGAUAGCCGCCGUUCAAGCUAUUGAAGCGAUUUGUAACAACACGCCGGAGUGGAUUCCUUCGAGAAAAAAUGGCAAGAAUUUCAACGAAGAGUCCAAAAAAUUAUCGUUUAGUUCGUUUGAUAUGCAUUCGGUUAUGCUGAAUAGUUCUCUAUUGAUGGCUUCUGAAAAUGUUGACUUUAUGUCUGUAAAAGGUGAAGACUGCAAGGAGUUGGUGAAUCAACAAGUGGAGCUGAUUAAUCGCAAAUUGAAUAUGGGUAUUUGUGCCGAAACUAUUGUGUCAAAUGAUGAUAUAUCAGCUUCGUUGCAAAGUUCUACAAAUACUGAAAUCGAUAAUAAAAAAAUGGUCAGCGAAGUGUUGGAAUUGAAUAAUGAAUACCUCACUCAUCGAGAUAUGAGUCGUGUCAAGAGGAAAGCCAAGCAAAUGUAUUCUAAACAACUUUCUGAUGAUUUUUUGGGGAAUUCUUCGUCGUGCGGAGAUGGCGAGCAAAUCAGCGAUCUAGAUCCGAUAGAAGAUAAACGUUUGAAAAUUGAUGAUUCAAAAGAAACCACAAUUGAACCAUUUGAUGAAGAAUCGCAAUGGCCAUUUGAAUUAUUCACUUCGAAGUUGAAACAGAAUUUAUUCAGUCCAAAUUGGGAGAUUCGUCAUGGUUCAGCUUGCGCUUUAAGAGAAAUAAUGAAAUUACAUGGGAAAAGUGCCGGAUACACAGUUGAUGAAGAUGAAAAUCGAGCUUUAAAUGAACACCAGUCAUGGUUGGAAGAUCUUACUCUACAUCUGUUGUGUGUGAUUGCAUUAGAUCGAUUUGGAGACUUUAUUUCCGAUCAAGUCAUCGCCCCUGUGAGGGAAACGUGCGCGCAAUGUUUGGGUAUUGUUUGUAAUCUGAUGGAUCGAGAUCGUAUUCUACAAGUCGUGAACAUUCUGAUGUAUUUAUUAGAAGUGUCUGAAUGGGAAGUUCGACAUGGAGCAUUAUUAGGAAUAAAAUAUUUAUUGGCUGUGAGAGAGGAUUUACAAGAUGAUAUUUUAUGCAAAGUUUUUCCUUUAAUUUUAAAUUGUUUCGGAGACCCGAUAGAUGAUGUAAGCGCGGAAGCAGCUUCUGCUCUGACACCAGUCUGCGCUAAAAUCGUUAAAAUAAUGCCGGAAUCUGUGCCCACGUUAAUUCACGAAAUUUGGAAACUACUCUCAAAUCAAGACGAUCUAGGAGUAGCUUGUAAUAAUUUAAUGGGUCUUUUAGCAUCCUUAUUUAUGCAUUCCGAAACUGAAACUUGUACAAGCUCGGACAUUAUGGCUAAAAUAGUGCCUUAUUUAUGGGUGUUUCUGAACUACAAUACAACUUCAGUGAGAAAAGCCGCAUUGCAAACCAUUUGCAGUAUGACGCUUUUGAAUUCACGUAUGAAAGUAUGGAAUGAAACUCUUAUACAGAACACCAUGCGACAUAUUUUUCAACGUAUUCUUUUAGAAUCGAACCGAGAUAUUCGAUUAUUAACUGGAAAUGCAUGGGAUAACAUCGUGAAAACAACAGAUGUGGAAAUUCUGAAGAAAAUUUCAUUUCAGUUUUUCGGCACAUGGAUUUGGUUGUGUAUGCAGUCUCCAAAAACUCCGUUCGACGAAUCCUUUUUUUUAUUCGAAAAAGAUAAUCAUUUUUGCAAAAACGAUUCCCAGAAAACUGAAGGCGUAGAAUUGAAACUGUAUCUAGGUGGAAACGAAACAGUCUUGCCCGAGAUACGUGAAAAUAAUGUUAUAGAAAUUCGAUGUAUGAGUGCCCGCAUGUUGGGUCAUUUAUUAACCACAAUUUCGCAAAGUUCUGCUGACACCGCAGCAGAUCCAAUGGUCGAGUGUUACAGUAACAUUUUAUUAAUGCAUUUAAAUUCUAAAUCGGCGUAUCAGAGGAUGAUCGCUUCGCUAGUCAUUUCAGAAUGGGCCAGAUUAUCGCCGUGUCCCAAAAUUAUACCAAAUGCGUUGAAGGAUCGCUUACAGCAGAUAUUAUUAGAAAGUAUAUAUUUUGACGAAAUAGCUAUGCCGUAUACGAAAAUUCUUCAAGAUACGAAAGAUUAUAUCAACAUUUUAAAAGAAUAUGUUCCUAUUGAUGCUUCUUCUUAUAAUAAGGUUUUAAGGAUUAACGAAAUCGAAUCUCUUACUCGAGAUUGCUUGCUGAAAAGCGGCGAAUCCAAAAUACCGAAAAAAACGUUUACUGAAAUGCAGGAAAAAAGGCAAAGUAUUUAUUCGAUGGUGUGCAUCAUAAAUAAUGAACAGAAUACUUUAACUGUGACGACGCAGGCUAUUAUCGCCGGAGCAGUUUUAAACUCCAAAUGUCUAUCGGAUAAACUAAAUCCUGUAAUCAAACCUUUGAUGGAUGCUAUUAAAAAAGAAGAUAGCGAUUGUUUACAAGAAUUAGCAGCUUUUCAUCUUGCUGAAAUGGUGAAUUUUUGUAUCGAUCGACAACCCUGCCCGAAUGCCAAAAUAGUGACAAAUCUCUGUUCGUUAUUAUGCUCCGAUUCGGAAUUCACUCCAAAAAUACAUUCGCACGCAUGUAAAAAUAAAACCGAUAAAGACUGCACCUGUGAUAAAAAUAAUGGAAUUUUAACGUUGAUUAAUCAACAAAAGACUGCCGAAAGAUUACUAUUAGCGAAAAAGUCAUCUGGUCGUACAACGAUCCCAGAGGUGGCGGACGAAGAUCUUUUCGAUCUACCUUGUGGAACUUUGAAAAGUAGCAAAAUUCAACGUCAAGGUUCCACGUUCGCUUUAAUAAAAAUCGUCCAAUUACAAGGACAACAUCUGCGUGAAAAAAUUCCAGUACUAUGGGAUCAUUUAUAUACGAAUAUUAUAAAUUUCGAUCCAGCGAAAAAAGGUUCAGAUGAGAAGCCCAAUGAGAACGAAACGGCUGAAAAAUUAAUACGUAAUUUACAAGUCUUGGAAGUAGUAUGUCCUCAUUUACAUAGCACCAUACUACCAGACAUUAUAGAGCUACUUGUUACUCUCUGUGAUAUUUUAUGUCAUUCGUAUUGCGCCGUACGUCAUAUGGCUGCUCGAUGUAUCGCCGCAAUUGCGACUCGCGAUAUUAUCGCAGUUAUGAAAAAGGUCAUAUCCUUGAUACUGCCCCUCGUCAAUGCUGCAGAUUCUGUGAUCAAAAGGCAAGGCGGAGUCGAAGCUAUAACCGCAUUGACGGAGAGUUUACAACUUAAUAUUAUUCCGUACAUCGUUUUACUCAUUAUUCCUUUAUUAGGAAGAAUGAGUGAUCAAGAUGAUAGCGUUAGAUCAAUGGCAUCGCAUACGUUCGGUGUGCUUAUUCAGUUAAUGCCACUCGAUACCAAUACCCCAGCUCCGGCUGAUUUACCUUCUGAUUUGAAGCAAUCUAUGGAGCAACAGCGAUCUUUUCUCAAUCAGUUAUUGAAUCCUAAAUGCAUUCCUGAUUUCAAAGUUCCAGUGCAGAUAAAUGCUGAAUUACGUUCUUAUCAGCAGUGUGGUGUUAAUUGGUUGGCGUUUUUGAAUAAAUACAGCUUACAUGGCAUAUUAUGCGACGAUAUGGGUUUGGGAAAAACUCUGCAAUCCCUAUGCAUCCUCGUUGCUGACCAUUUCGAACGAGAAAAACGUUAUAAAAAAAACAAGAGUGCAGAUUCGACGUUGCUGCCAUCAUUGGUCAUUUGCCCGCCUACUCUGAUUGGCCACUGGAUUUAUGAAAUUAAAAAAUUCAUACCCAGUCAGUACAUGAAUCCUUUACAAUACGAAGGCAUUCCGACUGAACGAGAAAAACUGAGAAACGCAGCCCAUCAUUACAAUCUAAUUGUUGCAUCUUACGAUAUUGUUCGCAAAGACGUGGAUUUCUUUUCAAAUUUCAAGUGGAAUUAUUGCAUAUUAGACGAAGGUCAUAUCAUUAAAAAUGGAAAAACAAAGGUAUCCCGAGCAAUCAAGCAGUUGACAGCUAAUCACCGCCUUAUACUAUCUGGAACACCAAUUCAAAACAAUGUUUUAGAAUUGUGGUCAUUGUUUGACUUCCUGAUGCCUGGAUAUUUGGGAAACGAGAAACAAUUCAAUGCUAAGUUCAGUAAACCAAUAUUGUCAAGUCGUGAUCCAAAAAGUUCACCGAAGGAGCAAGAAGCAGGUGUACUUGCUAUGGAAACGUUGCACCAAAAAGUCUUACCGUUCAUAUUACGUAGAAUGAAAGAAGACGUAUUAAAAGAUUUACCACCAAAGAUUACACAGGAUUAUUAUUGCGAUUUAAGUCCUAUCCAACAACUGCUAUACGAAGACUUCUCCAAAUCGGAACUGCAAAAAAAUACAAUAAAUAGUAUAACCAAGAAACAAUCUUGCAAUACGUUUAGCAUGUUUCAGGCAUUACGUUAUUUACAAAGUGUCUGUAAUCACCCUAAAUUGGUGCUAACACCUCAACAUCCGCUAUACGAGCGUGUCAUGGAACAGCUAGAAGAAGAGAAGUCGUCCUUGUCUGAUAUAAAGCACGCUGCAAAAUUAAUCGCAUUAAAGCAAUUGCUACUGGAUUGUGGUAUUGGGGGAUCGACGGAUGACGAUAACGUGGUCGAGUCAAGCUGUAUUGUUAGUCAACACCGUGCGCUUAUUUUCUGUCAAUUGAAAGCGACGCUUAAUAUUUUAGAAACCGAUCUUUUGAAGACGCAUUUGCCAAAUAUUACAUAUUUAAGAUUAGAUGGUAGUGUAUCGUCCAAUGAACGUCAUCGGAUAGUUACCAGAUUUAAUAACGACCCUUCAAUCGAUUUACUGCUGUUAACUACUCAAAUUGGAGGACUCGGAUUGAAUCUUACUGGAGCUGAUACUGUUAUUUUCGUCGAACAUGAUUGGAGCCCGAUGAAGGAUUUACAAGCUAUGGACAGAGCUCAUCGUAUCGGCCAGAAAAAAGUAGUCAAUGUGUAUAGACUUAUCACGAAAGCCACCUUGGAACAAAAAAUAAUGGGAUUACAAGCAUUUAAGCUGAAAACUGCCAAUACCGUUAUCACGGCUGAAAAUUCUAGUCUUGUUACAAUGAGUACGGAUAAACUUUUAGAUUUAUUUUCAUUAAAUUCAAACGAACAACUCGAUAAGAAAAAUUCAAUAACGAGCGCUGAAUCGUCGAAAGGCAAUUCUAUCAACGAAUACAUGAAAUCAUUACCCGAGCUAUGGGAUACGAAGAAUUACGAAGAAGAAUAUGAUCUAACAUCUUUUGUCAAAAGUUUGAAAAAAUAAUUUCUCUAUCUUGUAGAAAAAAGUACCUGCAUUUUUUGUGUAUUUGAAUGUCCUGCAAUAAAUAAGUUCUUUGAAAA